CCUGCCAGCCCUCCCUCCGGGGUCAAGAACUUGCUGCCACCAGCACCAUGCCCUACUCAUAUCCUGUGCAGAAGAAGGAGCUGUCUGACAUCGCUCACCAGAUUGUGGCCCCGGGCAAGGGCAUCUUAGCUGCAGAUGAGUCCACAAGUAGCAUCGCCAAGAGGCUGCAGUCCAUUGGCACGGAGAACACGGAGGAGAACCGGCGUUUCUACCGCCAGUUGCUGCUGACCGCUGACGACCGCAUAAACCCCUGCAUCGGGGGCGUCAUCCUCUUCCACGAGACCUUCUACCAGAAGGCUGAUGAUGGGCGUCCCUUCCCGCAAGUGAUCAAAUCCAAGGGCGGUGUCAUAGGCAUCAAGGUGGACAAGGGCGUGGUACCCCUGGCAGGAACUAACGGUGAGACCACCACUGAAGGACUGGAUGAGCUGUCGGAGCGCUGUGCCCAGUACAAGGCAGACGGAGCCGACUUUGCCAAGUGGCGUUGCGUGCUGAAGAUCGGAAAACACACCCCCUCAGCCCUGGCCAUCAUGGAGAAUGCCAACGUUCUGGCCCGUUAUGCCAGCAUCUGUCAGCAGAAUGGCAUUGUGCCCAUCGUGGAGCCAGAAAUCCUCCCCGACGGGGGCCAUGACCUGAAGCACUGCCAGUAUGUCACUGAGAAGGUGCUGGCCGCCGUGUACAAGGCUCUGAGCAACCACAACGUCUAUCUGGAAGGCACCUUGCUGAAGCCCAAUAUGGUCACCCCAGGGUACACCUGCACCCAGAAGUAUUCCCACGAGGAGAUUGCAAUGGCAACCGUCAUGGCACUGCCCCGCACAGUGCCCCCUGCUGUGGCUGGAGUCAUCUUCCUCUCUGGAGGCCAGAGUGAGGAGGAAGCGUCCAUCAACCUCAAUGCCAUCAACAAGUGCCCCCUGCAGAAGCCAUGGGCCCUGACCUUCUCCUACGGCCGUGCCCUGCAGGCCUCAGCUCUUAAGGCCUAGGGUGGGAAGAAGGAAAACCUGAACGCAGCCCAGGAGGAGUACACAAAGCGGGUCCUGGCCAACAGCCUUGCCUGUCAAGGAAAGUACACUCCGAGUGGCCAGGCCGGGGCUGCCGCAACCAAGCCCCUCUUCAUCUCUAACCACGCCUACUAA